CUUCACCGUUAAUUAGGCGUAUACCACCUGCUAAUACAGUUAAUGACCCAAACUUCAAACCCAUAUACAAUAGCUCCCGAUUAGCAGUUGCGCUUUUCGAUGGACAUCAAAACAAUGUUCGUGGAUCCGUUACCUUCUCUGGAUUAACCAAUGCGGACAAUACUCAAGUGAGCGUAUCAAUCGAAUCCGGACUGACUAAUACGACUGGGUCUUAUCUUUAUCACAUUCAUUUGAAACCUGUUCCGCAAGAUGGAGAUUGUGAUGCUACUCUGGGUCAUUUAUCACCCAAUGGCAUACCUGAAAGCUUUCCAUGUGCUUCUGCCAAUCCGGCCGCUUGCCAAGAAGGCGAUCUGAGCGGCAAACACGGACCAGCUCCGGGAGUUUCAAGCGGUACAUUCUCUCAACAAUAUUACGACGAAUUUUUAAAAUGGGACGAAAGUGAUUCAACUAUUCGGGGCCGUUCGGUGGUCUUUCAUUUUCCCAAUAGUAAGUAA